UCGAACGCAUAUAGUGUGGCUAGCUGUAUUUUGGGUAUUGUGUUCAAGCCUAAGUCAGCAAAGAGGUUCCUUGAGAAGGUAACUUCCUAAAUUGGGAGAUCGGAUCCUGGCGGGCCUCAUGUUUUCUGCGCUUUGCGUCAAAUUUGCCCAUCUUACCUGAAGCAAAAGCUCAAUUUCCUUCUACAACUCGUCAAGCAACUUCCGUAUUUCCGUAGUGCCCACGUCGAUCGAUCGCAACCCGUACCAUGUUCAAAGGCGCUCCGAGAAGAGAUCUUCCUGGUCUGCAGAACUUGAACCUUCCCCCAGUUUCCCCAACACUUACGAACGCAACCUUACGCUCAAAUGUAACAUCUACAACGCAAAUAUACCGGCAUUACGACAAGAAAAAGCAACAGAAUGAAUGGGGGUGCUGACAUUAUGUUCCUCUCCCGCUACCAGUCUCCGCAGCCAAAUUACCCUCCUAUAGGGGUAAUGGCCAAGCAGCGCUACUUGACGCUGGCGUACGAAGACAUGGAGACGAUCAAGAUUCUCCCACCCACCUUCGCAGAUGCUGUUGCCGUCGCCAAAGAAUGGGUCAGACCGCCCCUGGGGUACCUUUCCAAUUACGAGUCCCGGUUGAAUACGCAUCCAUUCAAGCAUCUAGACUCCUUCAAGGUUGGAUCAAACGCACUUCCUCCCUCCACCAUUAAUCUAAAUCAUCUGUUUUUGUUAGGACCAUACCUCUACAUCGACACUGAUGACACUUAUCAACUUGCGCAAACUUCACACGGUUUGCGCAUGGAAAUCGUGACGGAUGCACCACCUCCCCCUGAAGAGGAAGUUAAUCCUCCGCCUCCCCCCCCACCUCCUAUCUUAGAGAUGCCGGCGACCUUCAAUUUGGAGCUGACACCAGGGCGGACAGUUGCGUUAGAGACGAACUGUGAAUCGGAUGAUCUGGACAUGUCACGCACUGAGGACGGAAUGCUCGUUGAAGGAUCGUUUUGGGGCGUCUUGAAAAUCAUUCAUCAAGACGACAAUCAUUCGAUGGACUUCUCAGGAACUCGGCUGGGCAUUGCCUCCGCCACUGCUCCAGUCAUUCCUAACGAGCUUUUCUUCGACUCUAGAGUCAUGGCGAAACUCAUGAUGGCUGCUGCAAGGCCAACAACCGCGAAGUGUGCCCUGACGAUUCUUGCGCCCAGUCAACAAUACUGUGACGUUAACAUCAGUCUGGCACCAAUGUGGCGGUUUGGUACGACGUAUCCUACAGCGGAGCCUGCAGGGGAUCGUAAAAUCAAAUAUUUCUUACGGGGCCAUCCCGAUGGGUAUUUAGAGCACUUCGAAUCUAAUGCUGUAGUCACGUCAUUAUAUUAUGAGGCCCUUCCAGACACAUCGCAAAUGGAUCCAGUCUCAUACAUAUCCCCCUCCAAUGGAUUCGCCAUGCCGCUUUCGUUGUUUAUCCCUCACAUUAGCAAAGUAUUGGAUGACCUUGGCCUUUCCAUCUCAGCGAGAACCCUUAAUGCUGUGGCGAAUUUCGCUAAUCAUAAGCACAUUGCCUACCGUUUCAUGCAGCCGGCGCGUCUGUCCGCUGCUAUCGAUCUUAGCGUAUCAACGGAACCUGCUGUUUUUACUCGAAUUUUCUUGAUGUGGCGGGGGGUCAGCGACGAAGAGAUGGUGAAAUUUGCAGACUCUAGCGAGAAGGAGGCAGACGCAAAAGAGUGGAAGGAAGUCAUUGGCUUCAGCGACGAAAGUAAAGACAUAUCGAAGUUUAGAGUGUUGGAGACAAGCAUAAUGGAG